AUGUUUUCAAGAUUACUGAAAAGGAUAACGACUCAGAGGUUUCAACACUCUACCACUAGCACUACUAAGCAGGCAACUCAUUCCACACCAUUCAACAACAAAUACCAUUUCAAUUUGAAUCCACCUCCAGUUCAUGAAUAUUGGAAUGUUUACAAUUCGAGUGUACUCUUUGCAUUUGUACCGGUAUUUUUGGGAAUAGCAUAUGCGGCUAAAUACAUUGGUGUCAACAUAGAAGGUAAUGCCGGUUUAUUGCAAUAUGCCAAUGGGGAGAAUUCACCAUUAAAAUCCAUCAAGUUUGGUGAACCACAACUUGCUAGAGUAUCAAAGGAUUAA